UGGGCCGGAUAUUGUGAAGGUCUCAUUGGGAAAUUUCAUUCCUCUCUUCUUAUUCGCAGUCCAAAGGACAACUUUAUUCAUAAGCCUAUUUUCUCCUCUUCUCUUCAAAUCAACGUUAUCAAUUUCUCGCCUUUUCUUCCCAAGCAAAGCACAUAUUUUCCAACAGGUAAACAAAAUUAAUUAUUCAAUAAAUAAAAACCCUAAGUAAUUUUGGUGGAAAUGUCGGGUAAAGGAGCGAAAGGGUUGAUUACGGCUGGCAAAUCCGCCAAAGACAAAGAUAAGGACAAGAAGAAACCCAUCUCUCGCUCAUCUCGUGCUGGUCUCCAGUUCCCGGUGGGUCGUGUCCACCGUCUGUUGAAGACAAGAGUUAAUGCACAUGGAAGGGUUGGAGCAACAGCUGCUGUAUAUACUGCUGCCAUACUGGAGUACCUGACUGCAGAGGUGCUAGAACUGGCAGGUAACGCAAGCAAGGAUCUGAAGGUUAAGCGUAUAACGCCUAGGCAUUUGCAGCUUGCAAUUCGGGGUGACGAAGAACUUGAUACCUUGAUCAAGGGAACCAUAGCCGGAGGUGGUGUUAUCCCGCACAUUCACAAGUCGCUUAUCAACAAAUCCUCUAAGGAGUAGUGUAUGUUAAUUGGUUUCUCUGUUGGAUUUUGUUUGUAGCCAUAUUAAGCUCUGAAAAAUGUUUUUGGGGCCUGCUUGUUUCUGGACAAGGUGGAUAAAUUGUUUUCGAGAAGCUAAUUAUGGAAAAUUUAAGGAUUUGAAUUAGAAA